GAGGAAAAGAAGUAGUAUUGACAUUUGGAUCAGCCUAAACUACUUCACUGUGUUAUUGUGUUAUUUCCAAGGCUAAAUUUACAAGUCAAAGAAAUCUGUGUCAGUCCAUGGGAAUAAUCUAACAAUGUUUAGCUUUGAAGGAGAGUUCAAGACCAGACCCAAGGUAUCACUUGGAGGAGCCAGUAAAAAGGAGGAGAAAGCAUCUCUGCUCCACCGCACUCAAGAAGAGAGAAGAAAAAGAGAGGAUGAAAGGCGGCGUUUGAAGAAUGCCAUCAUCAUUCAGUCCCACAUACGUGGCUACCAAGACUUAAAACAAGAGUAUACCACCCAGAGAGCCAAGUUUGAUGAGUGUGUGAACCAGACACAGGCAGCUGGGUCUCAGCAGGUCUUGGAUGGUCCAGUUCUCUGCCUCCUGUCAAGACAACUCAUAUUUUUUUACAGACAAAGUGUGGAUGCUCAUAGAUUGAUAUGGUUGAGUCAGAACCUGGUGAAACACAACAGUCAGUUUGUCUCAUUGUUGUUGAGUCCUCAGAAACAGACGUGUAUAUUUCAGAUCAAGAGGAUCUUGGGCUUCUGCUGCAGACUCCUGCAGAACUGCACUGACAACAGUUUAAAUGUGGCAGUUCCCAUGAGGAUGCUAGAAAUAUAUUCUUCAGAGAAAACCUAUCUUCCUGUUAUUCCAGAUCCUAACUAUGUAGCUACAUUACUUGAGCAGAUUUUGCACUAUAUGGUACAGAAAGGAUACUACAGGUCGCUGUACAUCAUGGUGAAUAACAGGCUCCCGGCCAGUCUGGAAUACAGCGGCGCUCCAACUAUCCCCCUGGCAAGCACACUGUUGGAGCACAUUCUCAAACCUCUGCACUUUACCUACUCCUCCAGCACAACGGGCGCAAGGCAGUUUGUAUUUGCAGCCUUUACCGAGGAGUUCAUCUCUGCACCGUUUACCGAGCAGAUCUUUCACUUCUUUAUUCCGGCACUGUCCGACCUCCGUUUCUCAUUCCCCUUCGAGGCCUUCCUCAGCUCCCUGCAGGAGACGGUGGGCUCCUCCUCGGCAGCACAGAGUCAGGCACCGUGGCUGUUCUACUUUGUUCUCUCUGCAGGAGAGAACUGUUUGUGCUCACUUUCAGAGGAGGGUCUCCUGCUGUACCUGCGGGCUCUGCGGACGCUGCUGCCGCUGCUGCCGGUGUCUGAGAGCAACAGCAGACCUGAGGUGAACAGUGACUCAGAGGAUGAAGAUGACGCUGGCGUCCAUGCACCACCCAUGCAGGACGACAGUCGGAUAUCUGUGCAGCUGAUCACGGAGGAGUGUAUCCACAAGCUGGACACUAAGCAGCAGACAAACACUCUGCUGCUGACCCUGGUGUGGAGGGACUCGGCCAGCGAGGAGGUUUUCACCAUGAUGGCGUCCAUAUGUCACACACUGAUGGUGCAGCAUCGCCUGAUGGUGCCCAAAGUCAGACUCCUGUACAGUUUAGCUUUCAAUGCACGCUUCCUCCGGCAUCUGUGGCACCUGAUCACAUCCAUGACGACUACGAUGAUCACUGGCUCCAUGGUGCCGCUGCUCCAGCUGAUCUCCCGAGGUUCUCCCAUGUCAUUUGAGGACUCCAACCGCAUCAUUCCACUCUUCUAUCUCUUCAGCUCGCUCUUCAGCCACUCGCUCAUCUCCGUGCAUGACAGCGAGUUUUUUGGCCAUGAAAUGGAAGAUCAGACACAGUCGUCCAUGAUGCCCUUCACGCUGUUAGAGCUGGUCACACUGUCUCGCUGUCUGAGGGACGCGUGUCUGGGAAUCAUCAAGCUGGCCUACCCAGAGACCAAGGCGGAGCACAGGGAGGAGUACAUGGCUGCCUUUCGCAGCGUGGGGGUCAAGACCAACACUGAGGUUCAGCUGCGCAUCCAGGCCGAGCAGAAACGCUGGGUGCAGCUUUUCAAGGUCAUCACUAACCUGGUGAAGAUGGUGAAGGCUCGCGACAUCCGACGCCCCUUCUGUCCAGCCGACCACUGGCUGUCUGAGGAGGUCAACAUCCGUGCUGACAGGGUCACGCAGCUGUACGUCCCCUCAGCCAGACACGUGUGGAGGACCAGGAGAAUGGGUCGCAUCGGGCCGCUUCAGUCAACGCUCGAUGUGGGUUUAGAGCCUGCACAGCUGUCGGUGUCUGAGGAGAGAAACCUCGCCAUCCUCACAGAACUGCCCUUCGUGGUUCCCUUUGAGGAGCGGGUCAAGAUCUUUCAGAAGUUGAUCUACGCUGACAAACGGGACGUGCAGGGGGACGGGCCGUUUCCUGACGGCAUCAACGUCACCAUCAGACGCAACUACAUCUAUGAAGAUGCGUACGAUAAGCUGUCCCCGGAGAACGAGCCUGACUUGAAGAAAAGGAUUAGGGUCCAUCUGCUCAACGCCCACGGCCUGGACGAGGCCGGCAUCGAUGGAGGGGGAAUCUUUCGGGAGUUCCUGAACGAGCUUCUCAAGUCGGGCUUCAAUCCGAACCAGGGUUUCUUCAAGACCACCAACGAGGGCCUGCUGUAUCCCAACCCCGCUGCACAGAUGUUGGUCGGAGACUCCUUCACUCGACACUACUACUUCUUGGGCCGGAUCCUGGGAAAGGCGCUGUAUGAAAACAUGUUGGUGGAGUUGCCCUUCGCCACCUUCUUCCUGUCUAAGCUGCUGGGAACCAGUGCAGACGUGGACAUCCACCACUUGGCCUCACUGGACCCAGAAAUGUACCGCAACCUUCUGUUCCUAAAGAGCUACGAGGGGGACGUGGAGGAGCUGGGCCUCAACUUCACCGUGGUCAACAACGACCUGGGAGAAGCUCAGGUGGUUGAACUGAAGCUGGGGGGUAAAGACAUUCCCGUGACCACGGCUAACCGGAUAGCCUACAUCCACCUAGUGGCAGACUACAGGCUCAACAAACAGAUCCGACCUCACUGCCUGGCCUUCAGACAGGGACUGGCCAACGUGGUCAACCUGGAGUGGCUGCGUAUGUUCGACCAGCAGGAGAUCCAGGUGCUGAUAUCUGGAGCCCACGUGCCAAUUUGUCUGGAUGACCUGAAAAAGUUCACCAACUACUCUGGUGGAUACUCGCCCACUCACCCCGUCAUCCAGACCUUCUGGGAGGUGGUGGACGGCUUCACGGAUGAGGAGAAACGCAAGCUGCUCAAGUUUGUCACCAGCUGCUCCAGACCUCCACUGCUGGGCUUCAAGGAGCUGUACCCGGCCUUCUGCAUCCACAACGGGGGCACCGACCUGGAGCGCCUGCCCACCGCCAGCACCUGCAUGAACCUGCUGAAGCUCCCGGAGUUCUGUGACCAGCACCUCAUGAGGAACAAGCUGCUCUACGCCAUUGAGUCAGCUGCAGGGUUCGAGCUGAGCUGAGGAGGGUGAGGAGCGUCCUCCCCCACGGACUUUGAGACAAAGAGAGAGACAUAGUGAGAGAGAGAGAGAAAAGAGGAGGUGAUGCACUGACCUGCCUGAUUGUGUGUAUGUAUGUGUGUGUGUGUGUGUGUGUGUGUGCACGUGCGUGUGUGCCAUUGUGGGGGGUGUGAUCACCCACCGACUGAAAAGAACUGGGUUCAAGGAUGAAGUGGGGUUGAAAACAUUUUUUAUCCUUGUUGCUUUUAAAUAAGUGAAGUGUUUAAGUUGAGACGAGGAGCAGAGAGAAGUCUUUGACCACAGCCAGCUGAAGGUCACGGCACCUGCUUCAACCUCCACUGAGUUGUCCUACUUUCACUGUUGUCAGUGAAUGCAACACGGCUGUUAUAAUCAGAACCUUCUGAGCCUUUGAAUCAUCGUGUCACCGUGGUUACGCACUCCUGCCCAUGGAGGCUAACUGAGGUUAGCUGAGGCUAACGGGAUGCUAACUACACUCAUGUUAAUCAACUGAACCGGAGGACUAACCCUAACAGUGAGGCCUUCUACCAGCUGAUGUUGCAUUACACUUGCAAUGAUAUUUUGAGAGGUGGUGAGGCCAAACAUCCACUCAGGAAAUGGGACGACCCAGUCUACGUUGAAGCCAGUGUUGAUACGUGUGAUUAUGAACAAGAGAGCUGUGUUGAACAUGUCAGUAUUUCCUCUCUGUCUCUGCAGGAAAUGUUGAAGCGCUGAAAUAAAAUGCAGACACAAACAGUAGCUGCUGCUCUGUGUAAUCCACCCUGUACACAUGGUUGUUUUUCACCAAAGACUUCAGUGGCGUCACAUCUGAAAACAAAACCAAGUAUGGCAAUACAAGAAACGAGAGGCUGCAGGAGUGUGUGUGUGUGUGUGUGUGUGUGUGUAGCCACAUAGACAAACAUCCAAACUCUCAUCUAGAUCAGUUGGACCACUGCUGUCGUGGUGGCUUAUUUUAAUGGUAAGUAUUUGUGGAUAUGUACAUGUUUACUCCUACUCUGUAUUUUUCAUGUACCCAGUAUUUGUACAGACUCCUUUGUGUGUAAGUACGGGCUCUUCCUGGUCGGUGCGGUGGUCAGUGUGCAGCCGUCAUGUUGCACUGACCAGGCCAAUGAUGAUGGGUGAAAAUAAGGGGCGUGUUGAAAGAAAUAAACCCACCUUUCUUUUUG